AUCUGAGUAGUCUUCUAUCUUUGAAAACUCUUAUCCUGCAGAAUUGUGGACUAAACGGGACUUUGAGUAUUAGAGAACCUUGAAGAGAUGGAUCUCUCUGGAAAUGAAUUUGUAGGGAUACUACCUUCUUGCUUGUCUAACUUGACAUCUCUUCGACUUUUGGACAUCUCCCAAAAUCUAUUCACUGGAAAUGUUGCGUCUUCUCCCCUAAUUAAUCUUAUUUUGCUCCGAUAUCUCUCAAUUUCUACUAAUAAAUUUCAAGUUCCAGAUUCCUUCAAGUCAUUUGCAAAUCAUUCCAACCUUAAAGUCUUCUUAGGUGAUUUCAAUCAAUUGGUUCCAGAACAUGAUCAUGUUCAAACAAGGGUUCCCAAGUUCCAGCCAAGAGUCCUUAGUUUGUCAAACUGUAGAGCAAAUAAGGAACUCACUAAACCUCCUAGCCUUCUCUAUUACCUAUAUGACUUGAGAUAUGUUGAUCUUUCAUUUGACCAAUUUAUGGGAGCCUUACCUUAUUGGUUGUUUGAAAAUAAUACAAGAUUACGGGUUGCUGUUAUGAAGAACAAUUCUUUCAUGGGUUCUUUCCACUUGCCAUCACAACCUAAUCUUGAUGCUUGGGAAAUAGAUAUUUCGAAUAACCAAAUACAAGACUUGUCUAGCAACCAAUUAUCUGGAACAUUACCAAAAGAGUUUGUUACAGGAAGAUCAUUAGUUCAUCUUAGACUUUCAAAUAACAACUUGAUUGGGAAAAUACCUCCUAGUGUAUUUAAGCUUCAAUCAUUGGAUGCAUUGUAUCUGGACAGAAACAAUUUUGAAGGAGAGAUAUCCAAUGUCCACUUUUCUAGCUCUUCAUAUCUACGCAUAUUGGACAUUAGCAACAACAAUUUGUCAGGAAGCAUUCCAAAAUGGAUCAACAACUUUUCUUACCUGAGUAUCUUGCUUCUAAAAGGCUUAAUCCCACUUGCAAUGGGAAACUUGAGUGACAUUCAUUCACUUAACUUGUCCCACAACAACUUAACUGGACCCAUACCUUCUACCUUCUCAAAUUUGAAACAACUUGAGAGCUUGGACCUUUCUUUCAAUGGUUUGAAUGGUGAGAUUCCAUCUCCACUUAUGGAGCUAAACUAUUUGGCAGUUUUUAGUGUUGCACACAACAAUCUUUCAGGUCCUAUCCCAUAUGGAAAAGGACAGUUUGGAACCUUUGACAAAAACAGUUAUGAGGGAAACCCGCUUCUUUGUGGACCUCCAUUGGAAAAAAGUUGCAAGGAAACUAAUGCACAACCAAAGUCCUAUACAUAAAUCCAUAUUGGCGAAGGGCAUGGUUUUAUUUGAUUGAGAGAUGUGUCACCAAUUGCUACUAUUUAAUCUUGGAUAAUAUUCUAAGAUUCUAGUGUUGUAAUAAUGUAACUAAUUUAUGUCUGCUAGGAUGUACCUUCAUCCAUGCCAAGUUUGAAUAAUGCAAUUCAAUUUUC